AUGGCGCAUUAUCAAGGCUGGAAUCAGAAGGAACUAUCAAAAGCAAGGAAGGGUCAAGAAGACAGGACAUACAUUGCGCCAGAAACACCAAUGCGCCCAAUUUCAUCUUUCACUCCAAUCAAUCAAGGUUUUACAAACAAUUUCGACCAAAAGUCACCUCUCACUCGAACAGUCGACCCAUUGAGAACCUUGCGCAAUACCGAUAUCUACGAUCUUCCAGAUGACAUCCCUAUCCUUCCCACUUCCAGUGGACCAAAGCCACGCUCGAAGAAUAGCCGUGCAAAAACAUUGUCUGGCCUCGAGUCACAUAACAACUUUGGAUUGGAGGAUAGUGACUCGGGCCAAUUCGAGGUGUCCUCGCCAAAGAGAAGAAAAAUUCCUGUGAAAGGAGCACAGCCCGCAUUUAAAAUUCCCUCUAAAGUACAGACAAAUGUUAGCAGCAAAGGACUUAGCCUGGAUGAUGGAUCAUCGGCUUCUCAACUAAACACACCACCCGAUACCCAUAAAAGGCCGAAGAAGAGAGUGUCUUCUGCCAUGGUUAGCAAGCGGAAGAAAUCUUCAGAAUUAUUUCAGAGCUCAACCAUCACCAAGCCAUCAUUGUCUUACUUUGCCUCGAAAUCUCCAAGAGAUGAAAUGCAAUCUAUCAACCGAUUACAAGGUUUCACAACAACCGAGGAACAGUUGAAGCUCAAUUCAAAUGGGAUAGCAAAUACAACUUUACAGAAAUUGGCAAGCUUCAGAUAUGUACCCCGCAAUGACAAUCCGUCGGCGAUUCAGCCAUUAGUUGCAAGCAAAAUAGCGAAUACUCAAGGAGCCUUGGAUCAGUAUCUCGAUGGUCAGGUCCUCGAAGAAGCAAAACAACCUGCAUCCGACUAUGGUCCCAUAUCGAGUGAUUCAUAUUUUGAAGAAGCUUUGUGGAUUCCGAAACAAUUUGCUGAUAGUAAUGAACCUGAGAUUACCUGUCCCAACCUAUCCGAAAUCCAUUCUUUUUCCAGGAAUCCGAUGAACUCGCAGCAUAUAUCAGACUAUCUCGAGUAUUCACCAAAGCAGUCCGAGUACGCUCCAACAUCUAGUGAAGUUAGGGUGUUAGAAAACGUUCCGGAUGGCAUUGCUGUCAAAGUCAUCGAAAUGCAAGAUCUUAGCCAAGGGCCUCUAUCAGUUGAUAAUAAUGCAGCUACCCAGCUCGGUGAUAUAGAUUUUGAGUUGCCAGACCACAGCAUAGAUAUUCAACGAGUUUAUAUUCAGUCCCCCGGCCCCGAGCAAGAUCAGGCAAAUCUUUCUAAUGACUCGACAUUGCUUAUGCCAAUGGCGAGGCCUGGAAGACAUCAUACCGAUAAUCAACUUGAGCGCUCAUACAUUGAAGUUGGCGAGCCAGCUCCCAAGAAUCCAUUUCGAGAUGACUUUGACAGCGAUGACUUUGACCAUGGUAUUGGUGAUGAGGAUUUGCUAGCAUUGGUUGCAGAUCCUGUUAUUCCCGAAACUCCUAUGAAAAGUCAAACGGUGCAAGGCACUGCGAUAUUGUCAUCUCCAUCUUCCGUGCAAUAUAAGCUUGAUCUUGCAGGUACCAGGACGUUGCCGUCGCCUCAUCUUACCGCCGUCCCACAAAAAGUCACACGGGCUACGUCUUCAUCCAUCGUAAUGGAUGAAGAUGACGAUUUCCCUAUGGAUGCAGAUUUGGAGGAAGAAAUGUUUAGACUAGCAGAAACAAGUCAAGUUCGAGGUGUUGUAGAAUCAUUUGAGCCACCACCAAGUUUAAAGCUUCCGUUCGAUGGUCAUGAUACUGAUAGGGAAUUAUACGAUAAUACUCUUCAAUUCUCAUCGCCCACUUCUCGAGGUUCUGAUCCUGGUGGCAUAAGCAGGAUUUAUCCUACUGAUAUAUCUAGUCCUUCAAAGCCACCUGCAACAAAUGAAGACGCAGAUUGGGGAUACAUAACAUCGACGGCCAUGGAUCCAGUCAGAGCUCCAGCUAUUGAACCUCUGGAAGUUCUUGCCUCGCUAUCGGAAGAUAAACAAUCCAAGGAUCCUCCACCACCUGUUGUGUCAAGUGAAACUAAUUCAACCAAGAUUUGGCUUGAUGACAGUCAUGAAUACUUGCCUCUCUCACCAUUCGCUAGACCGAGAUUUUCCCCUCUUGUUCAAGAUCGGUGCCCGGUCAAUGGAUUAUCAGCCCAAACUUUCCUUCGUGUUUGUUUUCGCAUCGGUGAGAUGCUCAAAGAGGGAGGUCGAUGCAAUGCGCUAGGUCAAGAUGCAAUUGUUGAGCUAUUUGCACGUAUCAAUUUCUCAUCUCGAGAACCUGGCACCACGAAGCAGCAUUUCCAAUUCGCAGAUUUGUUCCACGACCGUCCGCCAUUUGCCAAGGGUAUUCUGGCAAACUUUAAGACCACUGGUCUAGCAGAAAGUGAAAGUAAAGUUUUUAUCGAAUCAAGCGAAACGUUAAUGGCAAGAUGUUUGGGAAGAGUGAAAAGAGACGUCAAAAAUGAAGCUUGGUUGUUGCAUAUCAUUAACAUAAGAGUGACAGAUUGGGAAGAGAUCAGAUGGACGAAAAGGAUCGUGUGCGAAGAGUACGAAGAAAAGUCAAAUACGAAUGCUAGAUUGUGA